CGGCAAAGCAAGAAGGAGAAAAAGGCAUUGUAAAAGGAAUGUAGAGAGGUCGAGAUGUGGGGAAGCCUCAGUCUACCUUCUACACACCUCACUAGCUUCUACUAGACCUAGGCUAAGUCCCGCCACUUUCUCGACCGACAAAAAAUAAAUCAACGGAAUCUCGAAAAACGCUGCAGAAUAUUGUUGAUAUUUUCUUCCCCGCCACAAAGGAAAGGGGGAAGAGAUAGCCAAGAAAGGGAUCGGUAAGUCAAUUAUUUGCGAGAGUGAGGAAGAAUGAGGCGGACAGGCCCCCGCGUCGCUAAAGAGAGGAAAUGCAAUUACUGCGGCAAACUCUUCUCAAAAACAGAACAUCUCGAGCGUCAUGAGCGAUCACACACAAAGGAUCGCCCUUUCCAGUGUCAGACGUGUGGAAAAAAGUACACAAGAAAUGAUACUCUGCUUCGACACUCGAAAUCGCACAACGGAGGGGGAGGAAGUGGACUUCACUCCUCCGUUAAUUUAACUACGGGAGAUAUCGAAGGGGCCAAGGGAGAAGAGCCUUCUCCAGUUUCAACGUCCGCUACUACUGCAAACUUCUACUCACCAUCCAUUUCUCCAAACUUUCACGAGAAUACUGGUAGCUACGAUGGACACAGUGGUGGUGGGGCUGGCGAUCAUGGCGGCGGCGGGACCGGGAACUUUGAUUCUCCGGGUGGGCUGCUGUCCGAUCCCGCUAGGCGCCAUGAUCCCAUGUCCAUGCAAUCCGUAGAUCCGACUCUAGAGAUCUCUCCACAAAACAUCCCGCAAGGCACUCUACCCGGACUUCAUACAUCUCCCUCCUUCGUUGACCCAUCGCUAGAUGAUGCUAGCCCCCACCACCCCAAUUCCACACCCUUCGUCACUGAUGCGGACGGGAUGCAAAUUAAUCUUGUUUCCACCGUAAACUCCGGUUUCGGCUCAGGAGAUCAAUGGGCACAAGCUUUGUUUGCCGAACCUUCCUGGCUGAUCGGACAGGGCUUUGAUUUCGGAGCAUUAAACGCCUCGAUUAUUCCUGGCUUUUCCGAUGUCAAUGCUAACAUCUAUGUGGAUGACGAUACUGUCUCAUCUGUUUUACCUCCACCAACUAUAACAGCUUCUUUGCAGGAAAAUCAGAGUCAAAUUGCCGUCGAGUACAAGCCCCCAAGGACGAACGUAGCAAAAUUGUGGUUUACGUCUAUGGGUCCAUCGGAAGAGAAUGAUGAACCGUCGAGGCCCGGGAGCGCCUCGUUGAUGUCUCCCGAUCGUGAAAUGGUGGACGCCGGAGAUGAGAAUUCGGGUGUUUUUGACGAGCAAUAUCGGCGGAGACUGUCGAAUCAGAUGAAGCCGAAAUGGGCGGAGGAGCCACUCCCCUCUGUAGACUUUCUGAACCUCUGCGUGCAAAUGUAUUUUACAAAGUGUAGUAUUCUUCUGCCGAUUUUGCACCGCGCCACCUUCAAGCCGACACCCGAGAAUUCUUUUUUGCUGCUCACGAUAUGUACUCUUGGGAGUUUAUUUAUUGGGUCUGCGAGUGCACGGAAGCAGGGUGAAAGGAUCUUUGAAAGGGUUAAUAAGGUUAUUCUUGCAUCAUGGGAAAAAAGGCUCGUACGAGGGGCUGGGGAAGAAUUGGCCUUGAUACAAUCUUCACUUAUCGGGCAGACAUACGGUCUGCUCUCAGGAUCCCCCAGCCAUCUCGCGAUUAUCAGUGCUUUCCACGGAACCGUUAUCUCGUGGGCACGGAGAGCAGGGAUGUUCCAACGAAACAAGACGACACCCUCCCCCUCUGGACUAUCUGGCGAGGCCCUAGAGAAGGUUUGGCAUCAAUGGGUGAAGGUAGAGGAGGCGAAGAGGACGGUACUCGGAUUGUAUAUUCACGAUGUUGAGUUGGCAAGCAUGUUCCAUCACGAACCGGCUCUCCGCCACCAUGCCAACAUACUCCCGCUCGCUUGUUCUACCGAACUUUUCGAAGCCCCCACGGCUAGCACAUGGGCAGCUCAUUAUCUCGCGCAGGAUCCUAACGCUGUUGCUUCAGCCCCCAUAAAGACUUUCAAAGAUUUUUCUGAUAGGAUAUUUCCAUCGUGGCCCGUUGCAAGCCCGUGUCCGAUGACCGUAUCUGUGCCACCCGUCGUAACAGCCGACUACACAUGUAUGUAUACACUGUACAUAUCGCUCUUGAGCAUCAACGCGGCAGCCUGUGAUGCUCAAUCGCUUGGGAACCUUCGCUCGCCAGAGACUUUCUCCUCGCUGAGCGCAGCGUUGAUGCAAUGGCACCGCUAUUACCAAAACGCACUAAAACUCUCUCCUAAUGGGCCACAACCUUGUACAUUCUCACUUAUGGCCUUAUGGCAUGCGGUAUUCCUUUACUUGCUCGUCGAUAUUAAUAGGUUAGAGCUAGCUAUUGGACGUGACGUCAAUAAUCCCCCUUCACCAGCUCAAGAAGAAGUAGCAUACGCGGUGAAAUGGGCAUCAACCCUAUCGGCAAAACGUGCCGUGAUUCAUGGAACCCUCUUGCAAAAACAAUUGGCGAACACGCCAUUAGAUGCCGAGCCAGCCAUCCAUGUGCCCCGCGCACUGUUUCACACAGGAGUGGUCUGGUACUGCUGGACAAGGUUCGCGCCGCAGGUCGAUGAUGGGAGAAACAUCCACGGGGAAUGGGAUGAGAUGGAAAUGUUGGGUGUGGAUACUGAUAAACUACUUGGAGCAGUGGGUAGCGGGCGCGGGGUCAUCGGGAAGGCAAAUCUAUGCGCCCUAACAGAUAUGCUGAGGAGGGCGGGGCAUUGGGGGAUUGCUCGGAGAUUUGCAAGGAUACUGGGGGAGCUGGUUUUCGAAAGUGGGGGAAAUGAAUGGUGAUAUUUAGCGGAGGGUUAUCGUAUUUCCGUAAUCACGAGUGAUGCUGCAUGAUUCUUUUAAUGUCUUGUAUGAUACCCCCACAUAUGGAGUUUUGUGAGAAUCAGCGCCUCGCGUGGGUAAACUCUGAGGGGAAAGGAACGAAAAAUUGAGAAUGACCUCAAUGGUUAUGUUGUGGAGAGAA